CCCCCCCCCCCCCCCCCCCCCCCCCCCCCCCCCCCAGCAAAAAAGAACGACCCAGAUCCCCCUUCAAGCCCCCGGCUAGGCCAGACCUGCCUCCAGGCUGCCAGCUGAGAAGCCGCCCCUGGAAGGGGAAACUGACACCCCAUCAGAGUCCGCCCCGCCCCGCCCUUCCCCUCCCCUGCACGAGUCUCUCCUCUCCCGCCCCAGAAGUUCAGGGGACCCCGCCUGGCCUCCGGCGCUCCAGCCGCCGGGACCCUCGAGACCCUGGGAAGAUGGCGAGGAGAAGCCGCCACCGCCUCCUGCUGCUACUGCUGCGCUACCUGGUGGUCGCCCUGGGCUAUCAUAAGGCCUAUGGAUUCUCUGCCCCCAAAGACCAGCAAGUAGUCACAGCAAUAGAGUAUCAAGAGGUUAUUUUAGCCUGUAAAUAUCCAAAGAAGACCAUUUCCUCCAGAUUAGAGUGGAAGAAACUGGGGCGGAGUGUCUCCUUUGUCUACUAUCAACAGGCUCUUCAAGGUGAUUUUAAAGAACGAGCUGAGAUGAUAGAUUUCAGUAUACGGAUCAAAAAUGUUACAAGAAAUGAUGCUGGGAAAUAUCGUUGUGAAGUUAGCGCCCCAUCUGAGCAAGGCCAAAAUCUGGAAGAGGAUACGGUCACUCUAGAAGUACUAGUGGCUCCAGCAGUUCCAUCAUGUGAAGUACCCCAUUCUGCUCUGAGUGGAACUGUGGUAGAGCUACGAUGUCAAGACAAAGAAGGGAAUCCAGCUCCUGAAUACACGUGGUUUAAGGAUGGCAUCCGUUUGCUAGGGAAUUCAAAAGUUGGCUCCCAAAGCACCAACAGCUCAUACUCAAUGAAUACAAAAUCUGGAACUCUGCAAUUUAACACUGUUUCAAAAAUGGACAGCGGAGAAUACUCCUGCGAAGCCCGUAAUUCUGUUGGACAUCGCAAGUGUCCUGGGAAACGAAUGCAAGUAGAUGAUCUCAACAUAAGUGGCAUCAUAGCAGCCGUAGUAGUUGUGGCCUUAGUGAUUUCCGUCUGUGGCCUUGGCGUGUGCUAUGCUCAGAGGAAAGGCUAUUUUUCAAAAGAAACCUCCUUCCAGAAGAGUAGUUCUGCAUCGAAAGCCACUGCAAUGAGUGAAAAUGAUUUCAAGCACACAAAAUCAUUUAUAAUUUAAAAGAAUCCCACCUUUGAGAUACACCAAAACCACAGUUGUUGCACAGGUUAUUAAAAGAUUAUAAAACUCUGCUUUGUCUUACAUUUGCAAAGAGGUACAUAAGGAGAUGAAACUGGUAUUUCACUAUGAUUUUUAUGACCACUAAAUCACUUGAAAUGGUUAUUUUAAACAAAUAGUUCUGUCAGCACCUAAAAUACAGUCUGGCUUUUUGUGUCUGGACUAAGUUAAAAGAAUCAAAAUACUGUGUAAUAUUCUGUGGUUUGUGAAAUGUUAAAUAUCCUAACUUCUAGAGAAAAUUAGUAAAAUAUAUGAAACUGAUUGUGAAAUUAACCCACAGAGCAUGAAAAUAUAAACUGCCUGUCCCCUCUGUGCAGGAGUCUGGGUUGGAGCGUUCAGAAAAUACUGACAGAUGCAGAAAGAACCUCAGUCUCAUUUCUACCAGAAUCCUCUUUUCUCCCCUAAUAUAAUCCUUAUUUUGCUGCUCAUUUUUCACUAAUAUAUCCACAGAAGGGGAGUAGCUGAGUGGGUCUUAACCCUAAGGAUUUGCAUUUCGUGUUUACUUUCAUUUCCAAGAACCAAAAGCAACAUGAAGAAAAACACCUAAUAACCAGAGCUCACUCACCUGGUGUGUCUCACUGAUUUCUUCAUUAAACAUAAUUUUGAGAGUCAAACUCAAACCCAAGUGUCUUAUUUUACCCCCAGAACCGCUUAUUGCUCUUUCCUUCCCCUAAGACCCCUUUGCGGGACCUUGAUGUCACAACUCGCCCCUGGAGCUUACACCCGUAACGCUGGAGAUACCUUUCCCUGUGUGAUGGUAACUGCACAUCUCUCGGAAUCUAGAAUUUGUGCAGUGAAAUUCUGAGCUGGACCGAGUCCCUUGCCGUUAUGGCCAAUGGUUGGCCAAUCCUGCUUAUCACAAAGCCAGGGAUCCAGAGGGGAGAAGUGGUUGUCUGACAAGUCACAUAAGAUCAAAGAGCUCACUGUGGCUCCCUGCACCUGGUGCCCCCCUUGAGACAUAAAGGGCACAGGAGAAAUGGUGAUGGAAAUGAAAAAUGGGUUUAAUCUUCUGGUUUCUCAACUGAUUAAUCACAAAAGCCUCCAGCUAGUGUUACAGAGUGAAAAUUCCAAUGAUCUACUUACUAGGAAGAGCAAUUAGGCAGUGUUAAAAGCAUAAUCAUCUAUAACUUAUUCUGAUUAUUCAAUUCAUAUUAAAAACAAAAUUUGGCUAGUGCACUUCCAGUUCUAGGCAAAUCUGGAUGAAAAAGUCACUCACUACCUUAGACAACUUUGAACGUGGUUAAGCUGCUUUUAAAGGAGUCGGCUCUUUUUGCCCAACUAGGCAAAGCAAAUCCCAGGAUUCACUGGAUAAACAAGUGGAUUAAACACUCACCGAGUGUCUACCACGUGGCUGGACAGCAGAUCACUGGGAAGAAGCCUGUUGUCAGACUGGCCAACUUGUCUGUGGCAUUCAGUGCUUCUCACCAAACCUCAAACAUUUUCUAUAAAGGCCAGAGUUGAUAUUUUAAGCCAUACAGUCCUUGUUAGAACCACUCAACUCUGCCAUUGUAGCAUGAAAGCAGCCACAGACAAUAAUAAACAAAUGGCAUGUUUGUGUUCCAGUAGAACUUCAUUUACAAAAACAGCAGGCACAGACAGGAUCUGGCCCACAGUUUCCCAACUCCUGGUGGUGAAGCUUGAAAAAAACACCUAUCUAUAAGCUUUUGUAAGAAAUUAGGCUAAAUGUUGCCUGUCCUUUGAUUUGCUUUGGUUUGAAGAAUACUUUCCUCUUGCAUUGCCCAAUGCCAAGGGGAUAUGUGGGUCUUAAAGAUGCCUCUUCAAGCAUACCUGCCAGCACACAAGAUCAGCUACUUCAAUUGAAAUGAUGCAAAGCCAUAUUGUGAGGAAAAUAUGUAGUGCCUUAGCUUUACUAAUAGAUGAAAAGCUUCUAAGCUAUCACAGCAGGAUUCAUCUUUUGCAGUGUUAACACCUAACACUUUCUUUGUGUCAAAUAUCUAUUAUACGUUACCUUAAAAUAUUGUAUAUGGCUAAAUAGAAAUCAUUGUGUGAAGAAUGCUUUCUCCUACACAAAAGAUAUGGCAUUGAGCACUCAUUUUCCACUUAUUAAAAGCAUAGCCACCUGUGUCUGGA